AUGGACGCCUAUGGUGGAAACGAUGAGGAGAGCGCUGAGUUGCGGAAGCUCUUGGCCGAGGUGAACGAUGACUCGGACAACUUCGAGAUCUGGGAGAAGCUCGUCCGCGCCGCCGAGGCGCUCGAGGGCGGAAUCAAUAGGAACUCGAGUUCGCAGGCGAUCACGGCCGUCCGGAGCGUCUACGACCGCUUCCUCUUGAAGUUUCCUCUUUUCUUUGGCUAUUGGAAGAAAUACGCCGACCUGGAAUUCUCCAUAGCCGGAACCGAAGCCGCCGACAUGGUUUACGAACGCGGGAUCGCCAGCGUCACCAAUUCGGUGGAUCUGUGGACAAACUACUGUUCAUUCAAGACCGAGACAAGCCACGAUUCCGAUGGUAUUCGAGACAUGACACCACCUCGUUUGGCAGAAGGAGCUGGCGAUGAAAUCGAUGAUGAUGGCCACCGCAGCUUUGUUUGUGUCGGCCUCGACUUCCUCGCCCAUCCCUUCUGGGAUAAAUAUAUUGAAUUCGAAGAACGCAUGGAAGGAUUCGACCGAAUCUUCACCAUCCUUGGCCGAAUCAUACACAUCCCGAUGCAUCAAUACGCGAGAUACUUUGAGAAGUACCGGCAGAUGGCACAGUCGCGCCCGCUUUCAGCCAUCGCCCCGCCCGGUACUCUUACGCAGCUGCAGAUGGAUAUCGAGAACGAAGGUGCUGGCUACAAAGCCGGCCGAAGCCAGCCAGAGGUAGAGCGAGAGUUACGGACCCGGAUUGAUAACUAUCACCUCGACAUCUUCCGACGGACACAGAACGAGACUACGAAACGAUGGACCUACGAAUCGGAAAUCAAGCGACCAUAUUUCCACGUGACGGAUCUCGACGAAGCUCAACUGACGAAUUGGCGCAAAUAUCUCGACUUUGAAGAAUCAGAAGGUGAUUACACCCGCACCCAGUUCCUAUAUGAGCGCUGCUUGGUCACUUGUGCGCAACACGAUGAGUUCUGGUUAAGAUACGCCCGGUGGAUGCUGGCCCAGCCUGGCAAGGAAGAGGAAGUUCGAAACAUUUAUCAAAGAGCGUCUUGCUUCUACGUUCCGAUUGCUCUGCCAACAACCAGACUUCAGUACGCCUAUUUUGAAGAAAUGUCCGGUCGUGUCGAUGUGGCAAAGGACAUACACGAUGCGAUUCUCUUCCAGUUACCUGGUCACGUCGAGACAAUCGUCUCUCUGGCGAACAUAAAUCGUCGUCAUUCAGGUCUGGAGGCCGCUGUUUCCGUGUACCAAAGUCACCUGGAAUCUCCAAACGUCGAAUCUGCAGCAAAAGCUGCUCUCGUGGCUGAAUGGGCGAAACUCCUCUGGAAAGUUAAGGGCUCAACGGAAGAGGCUCGCCAGGUUUUCCAGAAGAACCAACACUUGUACCUCGACAGCCCAGCUUUCUGGUCCAGCUACCUGCGUUUCGAAAUUGAACAACCCACAAGUAGCGAGACAGAGCAACAGCACUACGAACAGAUUCGGCGGGUUGUGGACGAGAUCCUCACCAAGAGUGCCCUACUAGAUGCCAUCGUUCAAGAGCUCAUCACGACUUACAUGAGGUAUCUGCUUGAGCGGGGCACCAAAGAUGCAGCCAAGGAAUAUAUGAACCUGGAUCGCGAGAUCAAUGGGCCAAUAUCGGUCCAGAAGAUGCCCAAGGCGAACCCGGAGACGGGCAAGACACUUGUUGGAGCUGUCAACGGACAGAUCUACGGCACCACGACAGCGUUUAAGAGCAAGAACGAUGGAACCACGGCCGUUUGGCAAGAACACAGACAGGUCUCAAGCAGCAAUCAGUUGGGCAAGAGCGUUCAUAUCCCAGCAACAGCAACGAAAGAAGGACUGUGUGGCAUCUUUGGCUACAUCAACUAUCUGGUCGAGAAGGACCGCAGGUUCAUUCUAGACACCUUGCUUAACGGUCUGGCCCGUCUCGAGUACCGUGGCUACGACUCCGCCGGUCUAGCGGUCGAUGGCGACAAGAAAAAUGAGGUUUUUGCGUUCAAAGAGGUGGGAAAGGUGGCCAAACUCCGAGAGCUGGUUGAAAAGUCUGGCGUCGACAUGACCAAAGUCUUUGACUCUCACUGCGGUAUUGCUCACACCCGAUGGGCCACCCACGGCCAGCCUUCCAGGCUCAACUGCCAUCCUCACAGAUCUGACCCCAAGUGGGAGUUUGCUGUCGUCCACAACGGCAUCAUCACAAACUACAAGGAGUUGAAGGCCUUGCUCGAGGGCAAGGGCUUCAAGUUCGAGACCGACACCGACACCGAGUGCAUUGCGAAGCUUGCCAAAUACCUCUAUGACCAACACCCAGACAUUGAUUUCACCACGCUCGGAAAGGCUAUCAUCAAGGAGCUCCAGGGAGCUUUUGGCCUGCUCAUGAAGUCCGUCCACUACCCCCACGAAUGCAUUGCCGCCCGAAAGGGUUCACCUUUGGUGGUGGGAGUCAAGACUGCCAAAAAGAUGAAGGUGGACUUUGUGGACGUCGAGUAUUCUGAAGAUGGUGGUGCUCUGUCUGCUGAGAUUGCAAACCACAAUGUUGCAGUCAAGAAAUCUGCAGCGGGACUCUUGGCCCCCAACGGCAUGUUGGCUCCCCCUGACAAGUCGCUGCUCCACCGAUCACAAUCCCGAGCAUUCUUGUCGGAUGAUGGUAUGCCUCAACCAGCCGAAUUCUUCCUCUCGUCUGAUGCUUCGGCCCUGGUCGAGCACACCAAGAAAGUUUUGUAUCUUGAAGACGAUGACAUUGCCCACAUCCACGAUGGCCAGCUCAACAUCCACAGAUUGACCAAAGAUGACGGUACCAGCAACGUGCGUGCUAUCCAGACCAUCGAGCUUGAACUUCAAGAGAUCAUGAAGGGCAAAUUCGACCACUUCAUGCAAAAGGAAAUCUUUGAACAGCCCGAAUCUGUCGUCAACACCAUGCGUGGUCGUUUGGAUGUUGCAAACAGAACCGUCACUUUGGGAGGUCUCAGACAAUACAUGAGCACCAUUCGAAGAUGCAGAAGACUCAUCUUCAUCGCUUGCGGUACCAGCUACCAUUCUUGUAUGGCUGUCCGGGGUGCGUUUGAGGAGCUCACGGAAAUCCCCAUUUCUGUCGAGUUGGCUUCCGAUUUCCUCGACAGACAGGCCCCAGUUUUCCGGGACGACACCUGCGUGUUUGUGUCACAGUCUGGCGAGACCGCCGAUUCGCUCAUGGCUCUGCGAUACUGCUUGGAGCGAGGUGCUCUCACUGUGGGAAUUGUCAACGUGGUCGGCUCGUCCAUCUCCAUGCUGACCCACUGUGGUGUCCACAUCAACGCUGGACCUGAAAUCGGUGUCGCCUCGACCAAGGCUUACACUUCCCAGUUCGUGGCCAUGAUCAUGUUUGCUUUGUCCCUGAGUGAGGACCGCCUCUCCAAGGCCCAGCGCCGUCAUGAAAUCAUUGAUGGCCUGGCCAAGGUCAGCGAACAAUUCCGCGAAAUCCUCAAACUCAACGACUCGAUCAAAGAAAUGUGCGCCAAAUUCCUGCAGAACCAGAAAUCUCUCUUGCUCCUCGGCCGAGGCAGCCAAUACUCAACAGCUUUGGAAGGUGCCCUGAAAAUCAAGGAGAUUUCGUAUCUCCACUGCGAAGCAGUCAUGUCUGGAGAGCUCAAGCAUGGUGUUUUGGCGCUUGUCGAUGAGAAUUUGCCCAUCAUUAUGAUCCUGACCAGAGAUGACAUCUUCCCCAAGUCACUCAACGCAUAUCAACAAGUGAUCGCUCGUGGUGGACGACCUAUUGUCAUCUGCAACAAGGACGACCCAGAGUUCCCCCCUUCCAAGACGGAGCGCAUUGAGGUCCCAAAGACGGUCGACUGCUUGCAAGGCUUGUUGAACGUCAUCCCACUGCAACUGAUUGCCUACUGGCUUGCGGUUGCUGAGGGAUUGAACGUGGAUUUCCCGCGCAACCUGGCCAAGUCUGUCACUGUCGAGUAA